AUGAGCAGAAAUGCGCCUUCGCUUCCCCGCUACAGUAUGACGCAGGAGGUAGAGAGGGCCCCUGGGCCGAGCCAGAAUAGGACGGUCCGGGUCUCGUUCGAGUCUACUGCCGACACUCAAGCCUCCAGCCCGGUUAUACAGCCGACUACUUCGGGCAGCGGUGGUCACCAUAGAUCAGCCACCAGCAGCGGCGUCCAGCUCCACAAUGGGCCCAAAUCAACCGACUAUGCGAGAGAAGACUCGUAUUCCUCUACAAACGAGUCUAGGCCGGUAUCGCGGUCGAGGCCGAACAUAAACGGCCGACGGAAGCCUGCUUUGAUUCGCGCAAAGAGUGAGCAUUGGCAUGACCUGGGUUCGGAGAGUCGGGCGCUCGGAAACGAAGAGGAAGACUUCCAGCUCCGUCAUGGCUGGCAGGAUGAAUACACAUCAAGUGAAUACUUGAAGAUUUUGAACUCCAACUUCUACAUGUACUUCACCGAAAAACGCCAUGACAGCAACGGGAUCCCGAAACAACCAGAUGAAACCUGGAGAAGCCAGGACUGGCGUAUGAGAGACAGGCUGAAGACUGUCUCGGCAGCACUUGCUAUCUGUCUUAAUAUCGGGGUAGACCCUCCGGACGUAGUAAAGACGAACCCGGCAGCUAAGCUUGAAUGCUGGGUCGACCCGACUUCCACGACUGGCGCUCAGAAUAAGGUUAUGGAACAAAUUGGAAAGAAGCUACAGGAGCAGUACGAAACCCUCAGUUUGCGGACCCGAUAUAAACAAUACCUGGAUCCCUCCGUGGAGGAAACGAAGAAGUUUUGCAUAUCUUUACGGCGAAAUGCAAAGGAUGAAAGAGUAUUAUUCCAUUACAAUGGUCAUGGUGUCCCUCUUCCCACGCCUUCCGGUGAAAUUUGGGUAUUCAACAAGAAUUAUACGCAAUAUAUUCCGGUUUCCCUAUACGAUUUACAGACUUGGCUCGCUGGGCCCAGCUUGUUCGUUUUCGAUGUGUCGCAUGCAGGCAAUAUUGUGCAGAAUUUCCACGCCUUCCUUGAAAAGCAUGAAAAGGAAAACGCCGAGGCUCGAAAGAGAGAUCCCAUUGCAUCACUACAGAAUUAUGGCGAUUGCAUUUUACUUGCUGCUUGCGAGAAGAAUGAGACUCUUCCCACAAACCCCGACCUACCUGCCGAUCUUUUCACAUGCUGUCUCACCACUCCUAUUGAAAUAGCUUUGAGGUAUUUUGUGCUGCAGAAUCCCUUGCAGACAAGUCUUUCCGUGGAUGAAUUUAGAGUUCCGGGCCGUUUACAGGAUAGACGAAGCCCGUUGGGUGAACUCAACUGGAUAUUCACAGCAAUUACCGAUACCAUUGCUUGGAACACGCUUCCACGCCCCUUAUUCAAAAAACUAUUCCGGCAAGACCUCAUGGUUGCUGCAUUAUUCCGAAACUUCCUCCUGAGUGAGCGAAUCAUGAGAACACAUGAAUGUCAUCCAAUCUCUUCGCCCAAAUUACCCAUCACUCACACCCACCCUCUCUGGCAGAGUUGGGACUUGGCUGUUGAAAUGGUUCUCGCCCAGCUUCCAGCUCUUAUCGAACAAGAGGAAGGCACUAGACAUUACGAAUACCAGCAUUCUUCAUUCUUCGCUGAGCAACUUACAGCAUUUGAGGUCUACUUGUCCUCAGGGCCGACCGAAAAGAACCCUCCAGAUCAGCUCCCCAUCGUCCUGCAAGUCCUUCUUAGCCAAGCACACCGAUUACGUGCAUUGAUUCUAUUGAGUGGAUUCCUCGACCUGGGUCCUUGGGCUGUCCACCUUGCUCUCAGCAUCGGCAUCUUCCCAUAUGUCGUCAAAUUACUCCAGAGUGCCGCACAAGAGCUUAAACCCGUUAUGGUCUUCAUCUGGGCGAGGAUAAUGGCCGUUGACCAUACAGUACAAAAUGAUCUGUUGAAAGAUAAUGGUAUCCAUUACUUUAUCACCAUCCUUAACCCCGGCGCCCCCAUCCCUGUUGCGAAUGUUAGUGACCAUCGAGCCAUGUGUGCAUUCAUUGUUGCUGUUUUCUGCAAACAAUACCCUCAAGGGCAACAUGUCUGUUUGUCUCCAGAUCUUAUUGACGCAUGUCUGACUCAUUUGCUGGAUACCGAAAACCCAUUAUUACGCCAAUGGUCCUGUCUAUGCCUAAGUAUGCUAUGGAACGACUUCCCGGAAGCCAAGUGGAUGGGUAUUCGCGCUUCCGCUCCACCGAGGCUUUGCGAGCUGUCGACUGAUCCAGUCCCAGAGGUCAGAGCAGCAAUGUUACAUGCUCUCACUAGCUUUAUCGGUAUCCCGGAUCUCACUGAUCAAGUAGCUCAAAUUGAAGAAUACCUCGCUGUGGCUGUUCUCCCAAUGGGCUCUGACGGUAGCGUCCUUGUGCGAAAGGAGUUCUUAGUUUUCGUAUCAACAUUCGUCAAGAGAUACCAAAACAAAUUCAUCGUGGCCGCAUACGAACAGCUGCUCGAGGAAAAGCACGUCUUAAAAACCCAGCCCGUGGGUUCUCCGCUGAUGCAGCCUCCUCAGCCAUAUGAUGGUGGUGUAUCUUAUAGUACCAUUAUCGGUUCGAUCUGGAAACUGGUCCUUAUCCUCUCCGUUGACCCUCACCCAGAUGUUGCUCAAGAUGGCGGUAUCAUCGUUGAUUAUGUACACAAAAUGCUUCUAGAAUCACCCAUGGGCAACUUGGCUCGUAAAGCGAGGGAUGACAUUCUUGAUUUAUAUAGCCGUGCUCAGUCGAAGAAAACACAGCAGCAAGAGGCUGUUGAUAACGCCAGACCCAAGACUCCUCCAAGCCAACAAGUUCCUAAGACUGAAGGAUACCUCUCCUUGAGCUUACGAAGGACUGCCAGCGUUGCAGCAUCCUUGAAAAACAUGGCUUUUGGAUCUUCAUCAACUAGUCUUCAGGCUCCGGGCUCUCCAAGCUCAGCGACAUUUGCUAGGCCUCAGCCACCCAAAGGCCGUGUCCCAGUCACGCCAAGAGGCCGAGCACCUGUUGAAUGGACGAGACCUCCAGAGGUGAAUGACCAGCGUGCUUCUGCAAGGUCAUACCACCAAGCGCCCACACCAUCUUCGAGAGGGUUUAAAUCAAGAGACAUGAAACAAGAGCCUACUAUCCCAUUAGUUAGUAGAUUCUUAGACUGGUCUACAGAAUACUUCCGAGAGCCCCAAAUGAAGCCCAACGAACCAGAUGAACCCGGUAGUUCAGACUAUAAUGAACGCUUGUGGCGCCGGAGUAGGAACGAAAAGAUCAUUGUUGAAACGCAACCAAUGAAAGAUAAAGCGGGAAGUACUCGCUGGGAUAAUUCUGUUUCCCUGAUAAACAACUCUACCCAGCCAAUGAAGAUGUGUUUCCAUCAAUUUGAGGACCAUCUUGCUGUAGCCGAUGACCGGGACACAAUAUGCAUCUGGGAUUGGCAAUCAAACACCUAUCUCAAUCGAUUUUCCAAUGGCAAUCCGCUCGGUUCUAAGAUUAAUGAAGUUCGCUUCAUUAACGAAGACGACCAAGCUCUUUUGAUGACUGGUUCUUCCGAUGGUGUAUUAAAAUUAUUCCGCAGCUAUGAGUCGAAUAAGAACGUUAAAGUUCUUACGGCAUUCCGUGCCCUGCCUGAGCUAAUACCCAGUAACAAAAAUGCCGGGCUCGUUCUUGACUGGCAGCAAGGGCAAGGGAAAGCUCUAGUGGCGGGAGACGUGAAAGUUAUCCGGGUAUGGAAUGCUGCAACUGAAGUCUGCACAACGGAUAUAUCUGCCCGCUCUGGUUCUUGCAUCACUUCUUUGACAUCCGACCAGGUAGCCGGUAACAUUUUCGUUGCAGGAUUUGGCGAUGGGGCAGUUCGUGUUUUCGACCAGCGCUUAAAAUCCACGACUGCAAUGGUAAAGGUUUGGAGAGAACAUAAACAAUGGAUCACCAAUGUCCACAUGCAACGAGGUGGCGUCAGAGAAUUGGUAUCCGGAAGUCGCAACGGCGAAGUUCGACUAUGGGAUCUAAGAAUGGAUCACUCCAUUGACUCCACUCAGGCGACCAAGGAUACACUCCGAACCUUGGGCGUCCAUGAACAUGCUCCUGUUUUCACAAUUGGAACUAAUCGCCGCGAGGUGAAGACCUUCAAUGUUGACGGCACCCACCUUUCCACCUUUGAACCCCACAGCAGCUUUUUACAUCACAGCCGUUCCUCCCCAGUCGUCAGCACUGUAUUCCACCCGCAUAAAAUGCUUCUAGCUUGCUCGACCCUCAACGAUAACCAUAUCAACCUUGUUUCCUGCUGA